AUGUAUUUCUUCUGCAGCGAUCGCAAAGCUUGCUGCCUUGCUUCUGAGGAAGAUUCAUUACGCUGUACGGAGUAUAUUAAGUACAAGCAUGGGAAUUGUAAUAUGUACAGAUUCGUUAGUUCUUUGGAGCUGCGCAAGAUCGCUAUUCAGUAUCAAGAGCUGGAGAAUGAGCUGUAG